GUUAUGUCAAACUAAGUUCCCGUGUGAUGCUUGGCUCAGCGGGCUGGCAUGGGGUUGUACUGUGAACAUGACGAGAGAAGAGAACGGGGUCGAUAUGCAGCGGCGGGUGGCUGAAAAUGGGGACCCCGUAGCCGGCGGCAAGGGGAAGCCGAGGUGGGGUCCACAGCACGCAGGAGCCCGGGAGCUGGCGGACCUCUAUUCACCAGGAAAGCGAUGUCAGGAGUGGGUCUGUGUAGUGCUCUGCUUCUCUCUGAUGGCCUUUGAUUUCUACCUGCUGCUCACCAGCUUCCACCUGGAACACACUCCCCUCCUCCUGCUGGGCAUCGUUGCUGGGAUUCUGAUGGUUGAUUUUUCCUCUGGGUUGGUGCACUGGGGAGCAGACACAUGGGGUUCUGUGGAGUUGCCAAUCUUCGGGAAGGCUUUUAUUCGCCCGUUCCGGGAGCACCACAUUGACCCGACGGCGAUCACACGGCAUGACUUCAUUGAAACCAACAGAGACAAUUGCAUGCUGACCUUGAUUCCUCUCAGCAACAUGGCCUUCAAGUUCCUCACUCUGCCCCCAGGUCAGUGUCUGUGCAGCGGGUUACAGCAGCGUCACUGCAGGGGCUCCGCAGGAAUCGCAGUCACUGCAGGGGCUCCGCAGGAAUCGCAGUCACUGCAGGGGCUCCGCAGGAAUCGCAGUCACUGCAGGGGCUCCGCAGGAAUCGCAGUCACUGCAGGGGCUCCGCAGGAAUCGCAGUCACUGCAGGGGCUCCGCAGGAAUCGCAGUCACUGCAGGGGCUCCGCAGGAAUCGCAGUCACUGCAGGGGCUCCGCAGGAAUCGCAGUCACUGCAGGGGCUCCGCAGGAAUCGCAGUCACUGCAGGGGCUCCGCAGGAAUCGCAGUCACUGCAGGAGCUCCUGCAGGAAUCCUAGUAUCUAUUACCAUACUUUUCUUAUGGUAAUAAAAUAUUCCUAUAUGAAAAACGCACAUAUGAUUGUAGAGGUGAAUUUAUUUGAAGCUGUGUGGCGGAGUGUCCCGCCCCUAUUUAUUAUUAUUUGUAUUUUUGUUUGCGGCACGACACUUACUUGUUUGUCUGUCUGAUGCGUUUGGCCCUCGUGCCCUUUUGUUUUGUUGUUUUGUUCAAAUCAUUUGUUUUGUUUAUUAAUAAAAUUAGCUGAACGCCGUUGCGUUCAGUUUCA